GGACGGGCCGGUGAGAAGCGGUGAAAGAGAGGAUUGCGACACAGCAGUUGAGUUCGCGGGACCGGGAGGAGGGGAGCACUCGGCCGUACUGCAGCGGCAGCAGGAACUUCGCAGAGUGACUCAGUUCAGCGGAAGUAAGCAGGUGUCACUCUCGUCUGGCGUGCUUGUCGCGGAGUUCUGAGCGGCUCGCAAGCAGGCGUCCCAAGUUUUGUCCUUUCUCCCAAUCGGCUCCGAAGAGUCAUCGACAUGUCAAGCCUCCGACCCAGGCUGUGCGUGCUGGAGAGGGGAUCCGGCGGCUACGGCUUCCACCUGCACGGCGAGAAGGGCAAGACGGGGCAGUUCAUCCGGCUCGUGGAGCCCGACACCCCGGCCGCCGCGGCCGGGCUCUUGGCGGGCGACCGGCUGGCGUUCGUGAACGGCGAGAGCGUGGAGGGCGAGAGCCACCAGCAGGUCGUGGCGCGGAUACGGGCCACCGCCGGGGCGCUGGAGCUCGUCGUGGUCGACGCCGACACGGCGGAGCUGCUGAGCAGGCACAGCCUGCAGUGCCGGAAGGAGUUCGUCGCGGAGGGGAUCCCCCUGCCCGCCGCCGACAGCCCCGCGGAGCGCGGGGACGCGCGGAGCAACGGCGCGUCCCCGCGGGGGUCCAGCCCGGCGCCGCGCGAGAACGGGGACUCGGCCUCGGACAGGUCGGAGAGACUGAGCGUCAGCUCCGGCACCAAGGAUGAGAGAGGUGGGCCGCGGCCUCGCCUCUGUCAACUGGGGAAGGGAGCCAACGGCUACGGCUUCAACCUGCACAGCGAGAAGUCCAAACCGGGCCAGUUCAUCAGAGCCGUGGAUGACGACUCCCCGGCUCAAAGGGCCGGCCUUAAGCCACAGGACAAGAUCAUCCAGGUCAACGGUGUGUCUGUGAUCGGGAUGCAGCACUCAGAGGUGGUCGCAGCCAUCAAGGCCGGAGGAGACCAGACCCGACUGCUGGUGGUCGACGCCGAGACUGACGAGUUCUUUAGGAGAUGCAACGUCCUGCCACUAGAGGAACACGUGUCUGGACCCCUUCCUGAGCCAGGGUCAGAGAGAGCAUCAGAGGACGAAGAGGCAUCAGCAGUGAUGAAGCCUCACGCGUCGAGAUCGUCCAGCGCCUCCUCCGACGCCUUGCUGCCGGCGGAAACUACCGGCUCCCCUCCUCCAGGGGCUGAGAGAGCCCCGGAGGCGGCUGGCAGCCUGGGUCUGAGCAUGUCGCUGGCUCAGGCCCGAGAACGAGCCCAUCAGAAACGAUCGGCCAAGAAAGCCCCGCCCAUGGACUGGAGCAAGAGGAACGAACUGUUCAGCAACUUAUAAAUAUCGCCGUCGCCGCCGCCAUCAUCAUGUUUAUGACUCGUCUGUGGCGAAUCCAGAGAGAUAAUCAGCCUCUGCGUUCGCUCCGGACUCAGCUUUUACGUCGCCGCGCUGUGAAUGAAAGACACAGAUUUUCUUUUUUAGAGCAUUUUUAAACUCCGAUGUUUAAACAGUGUUAUUUUAAUGAUUCUGCCGUUUUAAUUUAGGGCUCUGCCACUUUUUGAAAAUAUCAGCGUCAUACACAGGAACGAAUGUUAAUAUAUGAAGAGGAAUGUUUGUGCGAGAAAGAAUAUUAAUGUACAGUUUCUCAUAUAAAAAAAACACAUCAGGAAUAAUGGUACACAGGGAUUAAUAAUUAUUAGCAGAUUUUUUGAGACGAGAUUUGAAAUCUACACUUGACAUGAAUGUCACUGUCUGCAAUCAGCAACUAGAAUUAAAGUACACAUGUUUUCUCUGCUCAUGGUGAAUACUGAGAAACUGAAUAACCGUUCCAUCACCUGGUGUCUGAGGCCUGAAGAUGACUAAGGGGACUGCAUAGUCUUUAGAAUCACGAAAGCCCCAGUCAUCUUUCUCCUCCGGGGAUAUCUGUCAUCAUGUUAUGUGAAUUAAAAAAAAAAAUUUCACUUGUACAUACAUGAAUAAAUGAUUUAAGAGCAAAAACUA